AUGACUCCGCAGCAGCGGCGCACACUCCUCGGCAUAGUAGCAGCGAUGGCACUGAUCACCACAAGCGUCAUCUCAUUAAAAUGGCUGAGGGCACCAGCCGUCGAAGCGCGCCGAGACGUCGCGCCGCCCUUUCCCACGGUCGGCCAGCAUACAAAGGAACCGACGCCCACGGGCGCCUGGUUCACGAACCUGUUGCUGGACGACGGCGCGCCGGCCGCCACGACGCCCUACGCCGUGCGCUUCGAGAAGAAGACGCAUGCGCUUGAAAUCAGCUACCCAUCGAGCCACCGAGCCAUCACUUCCAACAAUAUCGUCGACGCCUUCGUCGCCGAUCUCAUCGUCAAGACGGAGAAGCUCGCGGCACCGGAAUUAGUCCAGCACGACGAGCUGACCGCGGAAUUCAAAUUUGGCGACGCGAGGGCCCAUUUUUCGCGGGGGUCGCCGUUUAUCACUGUGGUGGUAGAUGCCGGAGCUUCGUUAACCCUGGCCUCGGUCCAAUCUUUGAAACUCCAAGGCUCGACCACAAAAACGACGACGACGGCGCCGAUCGCGACGACGAAUCGACCACAGGACGACGCUAGCUGCAAGGCGCACCCGGUCUGCUCGAAUUUGAUCGGAGUCUGCUGCCCGACGGCGGAGGGCGUCUUCCUCGGGUGCUGCGAGGCCGGUAGGAGACGCCUUGCUUCCUCGUCGAAGCGCCACAAAGUUACGCUGGGCGACGGGUCGCAAUGGUUACUGCAUGCCUCUCUACCGAUAGCGCUGGAGGAGGGCAAAGCUCUGACAGCUACCAUCAAGGAAAAGACGAUUCUGAGACUAGCCUACGUGCCCGACGAGCAGACGGAAGCCUUGUUGGACGACCACGCGACAAGCUACGCUGUCAGUGGACGCGUCGCGUGGCACGCGUCCUACGCGGAACCCGACGUCGUCGAAAUGUCGUAUGUCUGGGGGGUAUCUGGAGGCCUGCCUUCGUCACUAUUAACGCUGGCGCUGCCGCACCACGCUGUGUGGAAAUCAAAUUUCGGGCCGCCGCGCGCCAUCGACGCGAUGUUGUCUCCGUAACUGCGUCUGCUCGACGGCGUGGAGGCUCCACGCCAUCGAAGCGACGAUAACUCACUGCUUGAUUUCCACACAGGCACCACGGCGACACGAUACUGGAGAGUAGCAUGGAGACCGGGUAUAAAUCGCUGAAGGGCCCUCUGAGGGGUGUCGUCGGCGAGAAGUGGCGCUUCCGCGAACCGCUGGGUGAACUGAAGUGGGACCUCGGGCCCAGUACUGCCAGAGACGAGAUGAAGACAUUGCUACAAAAGUUCGAGCCGGAUCAGGACGAACGGUCCUUAGCAUCAAGUGCAGGCGUCUACUCGGCGGGCAAGCGGUUAUACCGGUUAGCGUCGAUCGCACUGGCGGCGAAGCAGGUCAACGACAAGGAACUAACGCGAAAGCACGGCCUCAAACUCAAGAAAGCCCUGCGGCCCUGGCUCGCUGCCGAUGCCAACAGUUUACUGGUCUACGACGCCUCCCACGGCGGCGUCGUGACGCGCGCCGGCUACAAAGACGCACACGCGGACUUCGGCAACGGCCGGUACAACGACCACCACUUCCAUUAUGGGUAUCUGGUCCACGCUUCGGCCGUGGCCAAGCACCUCGGCUUCGACGAGGACGGCCAGCACCACAGCGAAGCUGAGUCUGCGGUUUCGGCGAUCGUGAUGGACUACUGCAACCCCUUCGGGCGGCGGAAACUGCUCGAGGGCGACGUGUCCGUCGCGCCGCGAAGUUCGUACUUUACGGUCUCGCGCCACAAGGACUGGUACGACGGCCACUCCUGGGCGUCGGGCUUGUUUUCCUUGCAGAACGGCAAGUCCCAGGAAAGUAUCUCGGAGGCGGCGCAUUCCUAUUAUGGGGCUGCGUUGUGGGGCUCCGUUACCGGAGAUCCCGAGCUCCGAGAUUUCGCUCGGUUAGCGUUGGCGCUCGAGGUUAGAGCGGGAAGGCACUACUGGCGCGUUGCUGAUCAACAGGGAGUGUAUAAAGGAUUGAGGCCCUUUUCUUCUGAUCACGCUAUUGUUGGUGUGGUUGGGGCGUUGGAUGUCUCUGCGAGGACCUGGUUCGGCGAAGCCGCGGCGUAUGCCGUGCUGAUCAAUUGUUUACCAUUUAGUCCGGCGACGGCUAGAGUUGGUGGUUUUUUGCGCGGGGACUUGAGCGCGCCCGCGGCUUUUGCGUCUCGGAUCUACAAGGCUGCCUCGGAGGGGCUGCCUCCCGUUUCGGGAGUGAGGGUGCCGGACGCACCUAAAACUUCGGGAAGCACACCAGGCGAUCAGUAUGACGCGGCGCAGGGGCCCUGGCGGUCGCUGCUGCUUCUGUUAAGGGCCGUCGGCGAUGCUGACGGAGCGGUCGCGGACAUCGAAGCGCUCGCAAAUGCAGAUGCGGAGCCGGCUUUGGAUUCGACGCUGUCGCUGGCCACGAUGCUCUGGUGGGCUUCCACCAGGCCGCCGUCGCCCGCGGUCGUCUUGUCUGAGCCGAACGUGACUAGUGUGAAGGUCGACGCGUCGUGCGCCGCGCACCCCAAAUGCGUCGCGCUGGGGUUAGAUGAAGGGGUCUGCUGCCCGACGAGCGAGGGGGACGAGCUUUGGUGCUGCGAGGAUUAAUCUUAUUGUGUUGUUU